AUCUGCGCCCCUGAUUGCCACCCUGCGUUGGACCCUGUCUCUUGUCUGACCUCACUCAUGGCCUCAAAUAUGAUGGAAUCUCCUCUUUCUGGUCAUAACUCACUUACAUUGACAGUUUUGCCUGCAUCUUCUCUUAUCCCUCAGUCCAUCAACAUGAAGUUCAACUUGAAUCACCUCGCACCGUUUCUCCUGGCGUCAAACACCCUCGCUUGGAACCACGUUGCUGGGUCGGAAUUGGCGAAACGAAUCGCCAAUGGCCAAACAUUGAUUGCAUAUGUUCUCCCAGAUGAGAAGGGCAGCCAAGCGCUUGAACAGGAAUGGAUGACAAUCCAGGAGACAGUAGGAAAUACUGAUGUUGUCAGUGUUGAUUGUUCAGCCGAGGCAGAGCUCUGCGACCGAGAUGGGGUCUCCUCAUUUCCCGCUAUCCGCCUCCGUCAGGCCGAUGGAGGGCAUAUUCGAUACCGUGGGCCACGAAAAGCAGCAUCCAUUCAAGGCUUCCUCCGGAGAACAAGUCGCCCCGCGGUCUCAUAUGUGACCGAUCAGAACAGAACUGCUGUUGAGUCUAUCGACGACCUUGUCUUUGUCGGCCAACUCAUUUCCCGCGAUAAGACCCUACAACGGCAGUUUGAAACAGUUGCGAAGAUAUAUCGCGACCGCUACUCCUUUGCGAUAACCAAAGCACAUCAAGUACCCGAACUCUGUUGCUACAACAACCUCGAUGGAGUACACGCCUCAACAACAGUGCUCAACGCCCCCGCGUCUUUUGAGUCUUUCAUCAAAGAGUGUGCAGAGCCUCUAAUACCACAGAUGACGAGGCAAAACGAACUAUCCUUCUACCAAACUCGGAAAAGCAUUGUCCAUUAUUUUGUCCGCAGUGAGAAGGAGAGGGAAGAAUAUGUGACGGAAAUGCGACCUCUGGCGAACAAGUACAAGGAGUAUCUCCACUUUGUCACGAUCGACGCAGACGAGUACGCCGAUGCGGCUGAGAUCCUGGGAAUCAAACGCGGAUCUAAGGGAUUGACCGUGCAAAAUCCCAAUAACGGCGACGUAUUCCCUUACAGAAGGAAGGAGAAGGUUAGCGCUGGGGCCAUGGAGAUUUUUCUCAUGGAUAUCAUCAACGGAAAGAUAGAAGCGUGGCGACCGGGUUCAGGGCAUGAUGAAUUGUAA